CUGGUGAGGACCAGUCCCAUCUCCUCUGUAGAUGACCUGAAGACUUUGCUGCAGGAGCAGACUGACUCCAUAGAAGACGAAGAAAGGCAGCACGAUAUCCCCACCAACCACACCCGCGGCCGGUACGCCAGGAGUCUGGUGGAGGCCCAGCUGGCCCAGCAGGCGGUGUGCAAGGUGCGCACAGAGGUGAUGGAGGUGACUCGGUCCAUGCUGGACCGCCGCAACGCCAACUUCCUGCUGUGGCCGCCCUGCGUGGAGGUGCAGCGCUGCUCCGGCUGCUGCAACACCAGGGCGCUGCAGUGCGUCCCCACCGUCACGGCCACGCGGUACCUGCAGGUGAUCAAGAUCCAGUACAUCAACAGAAACCCCCAUUAUGAAAAGGCCAUCAUCCCGGUGGAGGACCACGUCAGCUGCAGAUGCCAGGACCCCUCCUCCUCCUCCUCCUCCUCCUCCUCGGCUCCUGUCCCUCGUGCCCCCGCCCAGGCCAACCCCAAGCCUCCCCCACCUCCCCCCCAGCAGCCCCCGGCAGCCCCGCAGCCCGUCCCUCCCGCCCCACCCAAGACCUACGCCUCCAAGGCGGACCUCCACCGCCACGACGACCUGAAACACAACCAGCAGCACUACCACGUGGAGGAGAGGGAGUCGGUGGCCCGGCAGUGGCAACCGGGCAGAUAUACCCAGAUGGCGCGCUGGACGCAGCCCCGGGUGCACCACGGGCCCACCCACGCCCUGGCCGGGGGACACCCCCAAACGGGGGUGCACACGCCAACCCACCCCGUCACAGGCGCACACGGGCAGGCCGGCAGCCGGGCUUCAGACGCGAGGGCGGAGCAAGGGGCUGGUGGAGGUGUCCGGCAAGCACCUCCUAGGGAGGGCGGGCCCGGAAGUGGGAGCGACGGGGGCAAGGAGGACGUCGGUGUGCACCGAGAUCACAGCGUGGGGGAGGUGCCGCAUCCUGACCACGCACAGAGGCAGCAGCAGCAGCAUCAUCAGGUGCAGCAUCAUCAGGUGCAGCAUCAUCAGCAGCAGCAUCAGUACCACCAACAUAAGCAGCAUCAACAGCAGCCGUAUCAGCCAUACAACCACGGCCUGGCGGCAGAGAACCCGGAGCUGAGGAGUCAAUACAGAUUCAACGCUCCCCAGUCGGACAGUGCCUCCCCGCCCGGUGAGCCCACAGCACCGCCCCGCCUAGAGCCACAAAACAACUCCACAUCUCCUGCACUCGCCAGUCAGAAAUACCCAGCCCAGACAAGGGCCGACAGCACAAAGCACACAGAGUUUAAACACGGCGAGCAGACAGAGACUCACACAGCCAAUCGCAAGGCAGCAAAUGAGAGGGAGAACCCCGGGCCAGCCAGCAGCGGCGCGUCGGAGCUGGCCAACCACAAGACCGACAAAGACUCUGACUCCAUCGACAGGGAGCGGUCGUUCACAGAGGAGGAGAGAAGGCAGAAACUCCUCGAGAUUGUAAAGGGCGAUCCGGAUCGACCGCCUCGCCUUCAUCCUCACCCCGCUGACCACCAUCACCAUCAUCCUCACCCUCGACCAAAGCCGACCAAAACAGCACCCACGGUAGCCCCCGGCCUGCCUUUGUUAUCCCGGGCCCCCUUUCGCCCGGCCCUGCCUCGCCGCAGGAGGAAGUACCGCAGUCGGAUCAGCAAAGCAGCCAUCAGAGCCAUGAUCAUGUAGAGCCGGAGGGAAAACGGGAACGCCAUCCUGUCAGACAG